CCUCCCGCACCAUGCCGCGGCGGCGCGGCUCCCUGCCGCCCCUCGUCUGCACUUUAGCCGCCCUCAGCCUGCCGCUGCUUCUGGCCGCCGAGCCCCGCGCUAAAAGUUGCUCCGAAGUGCGGAGGCUCUACGCCGCCAAAGGCUUCAGCCAGAGCGAAGCGCCCAGCCACGAGAUCAGCGGCGACCACUUGAAAGUCUGCUCACAAGCCUACACGUGCUGCACUCAAGAAAUGGAAGAGAGAUACAGUCAACUGAGCAAACACGACUUCAGAAACGCCGUCGUAGAGCUUAGCAAUCACUUACAAACAAUGUUUAGUUCCCGAUACAAGAAGUUUGAUGAGUUCUUCAAAGAGCUUCUGGAGAACGCCGAGAAGUCGCUGAACGACAUGUUUGUGCGGACGUAUGGCCGGUUGUACAUGCAGAACUCAGAGCUGUUCAAGGACCUCUUCGUGGAACUGAAGCGGUACUACGUGGGUGGCAACGUCAACCUAGAGGAGAUGCUCAACGACUUCUGGGCACGUCUGCUGGAGCGUAUGUUCCGGCUGGUGAACCCGCAGUACCACUUCACGGAUGAGUACCUUGAGUGUGUCAGCAAGUACACGGAGCAGCUGAAGCCCUUCGGGGACGUGCCGCGCAAGCUGAAGCUUCAAGUGACUCGAGCGUUUGUGGCAGCCCGCACCUUCGCGCAAGGCCUUGCUGUCGCCAGGGACGUCGUCAGCAAAGUGUCCGCGGUGAACCCUACACCACAGGGUACGCAAGCACUGCUGAAAAUGAUGUACUGCCCACACUGUCGAGGCCUGAUAUCAGUGAAGCCCUGUUACAAUUACUGCUUUAAUGUCAUGAGAGGUUGCUUGGCCAACCAAGGGGAUUUGGAUACAGAGUGGAAUAUCUUUAUGGGUUCGAUGCUGCUGGUCGCAGAGAGGCUGGAGGGGCCUUUUAAUAUUGAGUCAGUCAUGGACCCCAUUGAUGUGAAAAUUUCAGAUGCAAUCAUGAAUAUGCAGGAGAACAGCAUGCAAGUGUCUCAGAAGGUUUUCCAGGGAUGUGGCCAGCCAAAAACACUCGCCCAAGGUCGAACCGCUCGCUCUGUCUCUGAGGGUGGUUUCAGUGCUCGUUUCAGACCCUACAACCCUGAAGAGCGGCCGACCACAGCUGCAGGCACGAGCUUGGACAGGCUGGUUACUGAUGUGAAAGAAAAGCUGAAGCAGGCCAAAAAGUUUUGGUCAUCUCUCCCUGGCAAUAUUUGCAGUGAUGAAAAGAUAUCUGUGGGCACGGGCAAUGAGAAUGAGUGCUGGAACGGGAGCGCCAAGAGCAGGUACGACUUUGCAGUGACUGGAAACGGCUUAGCGAGUCAAGUGAACAACCCAGAGGUGGAAGUUGAUAUUACCAAGCCAGACAUGGUGAUUCGCCGGCAAAUCAUGGUUCUGAGGGUGAUGACCAACAAGCUGAAGAAUGCGUACAGUGGGAACGACGUCGACUUCAUUGACGUCAGUGAGGAGAGCAGCGGGGAGGAGAGCGGCAGCGGCUGUGAGUUCCAGCAGUGCUCCACGGAGUUCGAGUUCAACGCGACUGAAGUUACUGGAAACUCCAACAAGAGUGAUAAAAAAGUGAACACUUCUGCUGCUCCCAGUAGCGGUUUAUCACAAGCAGCCUUGUUCCUUAGCAUUUUGGUCUUGGCCAUGCAAAGACAAUGGAGAUAAUUGUGCAGCAUAGGGAGGAAAACAAGACUUUUAUUAUCAAACGUUAGAAGGCACCUGCUUUCUCUUUUAUACCAUCUAGUGACUUUGCUUUUUAAGUUAAUGGACAACAGUGUACAGUUUUUACUAUGUUGCCACUGGUUUUAAGAUACUGGUAUUUUUUUCCCUUGCUAUUCUGGGAUUAACAGGAAUGGGGCCUGUCAGUCUGUCCCGUUCACCAAGAGUCCAUGAUAGAGGUGGAUAACAAAAAUGUAUAUACAAGCCUGUAGUUAGCUCUGCAUUCGUCUUUAUCACUUUUCUUUUUUUUUUUUAAUGUUAUUUUAUUUUACCACAUCUCUUACGAGAAGAAGAAACCCACGGUCCUCUCUUGGCAUGUAACAAGUAUGUGUUUCUGAAAUGAGGAAUAUCUGUACAGAAGCAGGUUUUAUUUAUCAUGUUAUCUUGUGGGGAAAAAUAAUUACCAAACAAGCAGAAAACGUGUUUCAUGUAGUUAACUUCCCAUUUAUCCGCCUUAUGUUAGUUGCCUUAUCUGGAAAGAAGUGGAAGGAAUUUGUCUUUAUGAUAUGCUGAAAGAGAAGAUGAAGGCAGAGCUGGUCAGCGUGCCAAACGCCCCAUGUGCAGAAGGUGGUGAUGCCAGGAGCAGGUUGUACUUUCUUUAUGGGAUGUCUGGUUGAAUUGGAAGAGACUGUGGAGAAAUCCAGUUUCGUGGAUGCUGAGAAGAGUUAUAUCACGUGUUCCCCCGGAUCCUUGCAAUUAGCUGUAACUCGUGUAGGUCAGUCCCCAACAUGCAUCCCCCAUGGGAAUAAGGCAUUAAACUUGUUCAGUUGGAAGCAACUUGUCGUGUCACAGAUCCAAAUGCCAACAUCUGUCUUGACUGCAAAUCUGUUAGAUGAGCGCUGGAUUUAUUAUUAUUACUAUUGUUUUUAGGAAUACUUUGCUGAGGGUGAAGCAGGGGGGCCUGCUGGUUUUGUUCUUGCAGCUUUGGUUGGGUGCAGAGGGGAAGGACCAGCCAGGCAGAGCUGCAGUGCUGCAGACAGAUGGGGGUAGGAGCUGGCUGGGCUGAAAAUGCCCCUUUGUGGUGCAUUUGGUCACCUGGGACCUGGUGCCCUGGCACUGAGCAAGCACAGCUUUCCAGCACUGCCUGAGAUGCCCUUCUCUCUCUAUCUGUGCCUUUUGUGGUUGGAACAGCAUAGUGAUGAACAGCAAUUCAUUAAUAAAAGAAAUUUUGUUUUUAAGAAAGAAAAAAAAGAAGAAUUUAAAGAGUUUGGGGGGGUGAAAAAGAGUCUUCAGAAAGACUCUGAAUUACUCCGCGUGUCUCCUGCUUUAGGUAUAGCCUUUAGGUCUGGCUGGGUGCUGGGAUCCAGCCAGGAACACAAUCCAGAGAGAGAGAGAGAAAGUUUGCUGUAUUCCAGUCUUGUGUUGUAAGGAUAAUUUUCUAUUUUUAUAUUGAAGCAUUAAUUACUUGUUAGCUCAGGGUCAGCGUUAUAUUCAACUUUAUUUUCACACCAAAUUUCUGCAAAGCUAUAAAGAUGAAGUAUUCUUGGCCGGUGGAAACAAUCCUGGAGGCUUAAUUUUGCUAGAAGUAGCCCGUUAUUUAUUAAAACAUGAUGUUAGUGGAGUAGGGAUAUUCUGGCUAUUUUUCUUUAGAAAAUAAAUCACGGAAGCAUAAAACUGAAAAAGUUAUAAAUUUAUGUGUGGGAAAAAAUGGAUUGUAAAUAGCUAAGUUGCCUUGUGAGGAAUUGGAAAAUGUGCUGAUACUUAGAAACUACCUCAGUUCUGAGGAAUUUCCUUUCUAGCUUUGAGUGCUAUUACAUUUACUUGGUAGAAGUGAAUCUGGUCUCCAAUAUGUAGCUGAAAGAGUUAUCCCUAUAGACCUUGUUAGAUUGUUUUUAAUUUAGAGGGUUGAACUACAUCCAGCUGUUUUCUUUCAGCUAAGUUCCCUAACAAAGAGAAUUUCUGAAUUAAAUAUUGCUGAUGGUUUCCAUGACUUUUACUGAUUUGUUUGGUUUCAUGGCAUUUUUUUCUGAUUGCCCUUUAAUUAUUUAAAUGGUUCUAGCCAUUUGAAUUUUAACCCUGAAAUAAACAAACCUUAGAUGCACUACCAUUGUAAAUACACCACGCUAAGGUCUGACUGGAUAACCCUUCUGGCUUAUACCCAGCUGGCAGGCCGGCAAAGUUAAAGGAAGAAAAAAAAAAAAAUAAAUUAAACUUCUUCAGAGCUCAGAGAAUGGUGGAACAAAAGCCCUUGUGUUCGGAGUGGCUGACUUUUCCAACAUCUCACUUUUUGGCCUAAGUGUUCAUCUGUCAGAACGUUGCUUGUAAAUUCUCCCCUUUUGAGCCUUCUGCCCAGCGUGUACUUAAAGAAGAACAUUUCUGACUUUAUGUUUAUCAUUUUACGUCUAAUUGCUUACUAAUUAUUACUCACUAGCUUGGUAGAAGUGGACAAUGCAAAGACCUGACGUGCGUUUUAAACAUGUCCAGCUGAUGCUGUUAACAGCGCAACAGUCCUCUGCUAUAUCAAGGACAGAUUUGUCACCUGGGGCUACAGGAAACAAGAGUAAACAUCAAUGUAGGAUGAUCAAAAGUUGUGUUCCUGCUUUUAUUUUGUGUUUGUGUGUGAAAUCGGCUCUCUGACAUGAGCUCAUAAACUAAACCAUACGGGUGGGACCGAGGCGGGCUGCUGGCUGGCCAGAAGGCAUCUGCUCCAUUCCUUCCAGUGUUUCUUUUUUCCAUAUAACCAUUGCCAUUAUGGCCGUGCUUUAAAGAACAAUUUCCAUGCGUAGAUGAAUUAUUGAAAUGAAUGAAGUACUGGUGGGCUUCAAAAGAGAAGGUGGUGUACUUCCAGAGUUGGAAUAAAGAAUCCAGUGAGAGGA